AUGUCACAGAGGAGAGAGCGUUGUGAAGAUGGGAAAGAGCUAUUGUUCGACCACGGUGCACCGUAUUUCGCUGUGAAUGCUAGCAAUUUAGAAGUGCAGAGCUUGGUGAAUGACUGGGAAUCAAGGGGAAUUGUUGGGGAGUGGAAAGAGAAGUUUGGUUCUUUUGAUUUUAGUUCCAAAAAUUUCGUCCACUUCGAAGAGGAGGGAUCAGACAAGAGAUAUGUUGGUGUCCCUGGAAUGAAUUCUAUCUGCAAAGCACUAUGCCAUGAGCCUGGUAUAGAAACCAAGUUUGGGCUUGGUAUUGGAAAAUUAGAUUGGUUGGAUGGGGAUGAUUCAUGGUCUUUGACAAGCUUGGACGGUCAAAAUGUUGGUUGCUUUAAGGGAGUGGUGACAUCUGACAAAAGCACAUUUUCCUCCAGGUUCAGAAGUGUCACUGGAAAACCCCCACCUAUUGCGCUUGUUCUGGUGUUCAGAAGUGGCCACGCGUUAUUGUUGAGGCGAUUCGCCAUUGAAGACCUCGUCGAGCUUCAGAGAGCUUGA